CAUGAUAGAUAAGAUUGGGCUAAUCAGGAAACCCACUAAAAAUAUUCUCUUUUCUCUCCAUUUCUUCACUCGUGUUGAAGCUCUAAAUCCCUUGUGUUCCUUCACUCCAUUGCCAGUUUGCCACCACUAAUGGCGACAUCCAUAGCAGCUCGCAUCUCCAGGAAGGCCGCGGCCUCUGCUUUCUCCGCUCACCGUCAUGUAAUCUCAUCCCGUUGUUUCGCCACGGAGUCGGCGAAAACGAUCUCGCCGUCGUCGGAUCGAGUCAAGUGGGACUACAGGGGCCAAAGGAAGAUAAUCCCUCUCGGACAGUGGGUCCCUAAGGUCGCCGUCGACGCUUAUGUGGCACCUAAUGUCGUCUUGGCCGGUCAAGUAACCGUCUACGACGGAGCGUCGGUGUGGAACGGCUGCGUCCUACGUGGAGAUCUCAACAAGAUCACCGUUGGAUUCUGCUCUAAUGUCCAGGAACGCUGCGUCAUUCACGCCGCUUGGUCCUCACCUACCGGACUUCCAGCUGAGACAUCAAUUGAGAGGUUUGUGACAAUUGGUGCAUACAGUCUCUUGAGGUCAUGCACAAUUGAACCGGAGUGCAUUAUCGGACAGCAUUCUAUUCUCAUGGAAGGUUCCUUGGUGGAAACACACUCAAUCCUUGAAGCUGGUUCCGUAGUACCUCCAGGCAGGAGAAUCCCAACCGGCGAACUUUGGGCAGGUAAUCCAGCCAGGUUUGUUCGAGCUCUAACCCAUGAAGAAACCUUAGAAAUCCCUAAACUCGCGGUAGCAAUCAAUGACCUGAGCAAAGAACAUUUCUCAGAGUUCCUUCCAUACUCAACAGUAUAUUUGGAAGUUGAGAAGCUCAAGAAGUCCCUGGGAAUAAAUAUUUGAUUGCCUUUUGAUUUUCAUGUUUCCAUAGAUGAGUUUUUUCCAUGCAACGAAAUAAGCAGUCUGGUAAACACGUCGAAGAACCCUUUUUCUUUUUGUUUAUCCAUGUAUUCGAUCGUGUUGGCUGUCGGAAAAAGAAAAAACCCUAAACUUGUGAGUUCCAAUGAAAUGGAACAUAGUUGCAACUGAAGCAUCUUGUGGAUUAUGCCAAGCACAUUCUAUGUUGAGGUUACUUUUUCUAUUGUCCUCUUGUGAUAGUCCUGCCCUUAAAGGCAUUACAAA